AUGAUCGCCUACUUUAGGGAGGGGGGUUGUACAAUCUACUGCAAUCUCAAUAUACAACCCUUCGACAUCCAAGCCGGCACAAAAAACCGCUUCCCGGCGACCAUCAAGGGCCUAGACCUCGCCCGUCGAGCCUGCCGCUUCCAGAUGAUCAAGAUCGUCAAGGAGGUGGAUGAGAUCGAGAAAAAGCCCGGCCUUGUGGUGGACGAGCUGUGCGGCGAGGUGUAUCAGAGCCCCAAGGCAUUUGGUGCCAUCAACUACAUCGACCUGCCUGUUGAGGAGAAUAUAGACAUCUUUACAAAGACUGAGUGGGCGACCAAGGAUAAGCUAAGAUGGCAAGCAGGAGCUAAGACAUCAUUUGUAAGAAUUGGCAUGUGUUGGAUAGGGAUUGAGUAG